AUGGGUUGCCAUCGCCACCAUCCCUGGGUCAACGCGAGUCACUGUCAUGGUGGUACUGAAACCACUCCGUUACUUUCCGCCAUCGGAGAACGAGACGAAGAACUUGUCGAAAUUCUGUUGCAAGCCGGCCUCGACCUCAACAUGUAUGACGCGGUCAGCAGUACACCUCUGCUUGGCGCCAUUCUGCACGGAGAUCAUGCGCUGAUGAAGCGAUUGCUUGAUCUCGGCGCUUCCCCGACAAUGAACGUUUUCCGAUUUCAGUCUUGUUACAACGUGUUACAUCAGACUGGUGACACCGAAGCUAUCGACAUUCUGCUCAACUACGGAGUUGAAGUUGAUGGUCCGUGUGAGUACUGCCCGACAGCACUCUGGAAGAGCGUACAAACGGAGAAUCAUGAUCGCAUCUUGCACCUUGCCUCGCAAGGCGCAGACGUUAACUCGCCCAAUUUCGAAGGAGAAAAUCCACUACAAUACGCUCGACGCUUUCACAUGGACGACAUCGCGGAACUGCUCGAAAGGCUGGGCGGGAUAGAGGCAAAUGAAAAAGCUCGGCGUGCAGCGCAGAUAAGCAGCGUCCUCAGAAUAACAAGCCAAUUCAAGUUGGUGAGUACGGAAGAGCCAGAAUGGGUCUCACAGAGACGACGGGUAAUGUUGGGAAGAUGCCUGUUCCUUCUAGGAGAUUAUGACAACAGCGUUAUUGCCAUAGAGGGGACUUUCAAUAUAGGGCAGCAAGGCGGGAUAUAUCCAUAUGUCGAUUGCAGUGGAUGCCGAAGCCGACAGAGCGGUAGAUAUCACCUUUGCCGCGACACAGGCUUCGGGUACUGCCAUGCUCGCUGUCUUGCAACACAUCAGAAAGAGAUCAAUCAUGUGGCCUCCAUGAAGGACCACGUAUAUGUGACAUUUCCACGUCCUUUCCUUCGUGAUUGUCCUGCUGGAUUUGUUGCCCUGGAUCAGGUAACCCACAUUACCCGGAAUGAGUGGCUGGAUCGAGUGCUUGCGAAGUGGCAGCCACAGACAGACACUACCAAUGCCAUGAGUGCUGUCAGAGCAGAGGGGGAGCUAUGA